AUGGAUAAAAAUGUUGAUUCCUAAUUCACUUCUACUUUUUGGAGAUAAAUUCAUGAGGAAUAUUUUAUGAUAGAAGCACCAGUUUCUUUGAGCAAUCUGAUAAAGCAAUAGAAACAAAGUAAAUUGUUAAUUACUAAUUUUAGUUCCUAAUAAUGUUAACUAGUAAGCAAAAGAAUUGAUACAAAAAGUCUUAAAACUAUCUAAGAGGAAAAAAAGCAGAAUUGAAUAAUUAAAUGAAUCUAAUUUAAUGCAUCGUUUGCAUCUAAUAUUGAUGUAAAGAGUAAAAUCAUCCGAGCCAAUCAAAAAAUUGAUUGAUGAAAUGGUAGAUAGGAUUUGUGAAGAUAAACUUGUUACAGAACUACAUAAAUGCUCAAACAUGAUUAAAAAUAUUCAUUUGCUACCAGAAGAAAAACAAAUUGAUAUUUAUUAUUAAGAAGAAUAAUAUUUAUAAAGUUUGCAUUACUAAAUAGAUUGGCCUGAUUAAAUAAGUUAAGUAAUAAUGGAAUUAGAAAAUGAUUUAAAUUAAGUACAAUAAAAAAAUACUUAAAGUAUUGAAAGGUAUUCAUAUUUAUAUUAUCGUAGCUUGUAAACACAUGUUUUAGAAAUUAAUUAAUCAUUAAGAUAUCAAUACAGUAUUUAGAAAAUAGGAGAGUUUACACUAAAAAUUAAUAGAAAUAAAGUUUAACAUCAUCAAGAAGAAUUAGAUUAUCUUUAUAAUUUGAUUUAGAUGUAUGAAGAUUACUAAGUUGCUGAAAGUAUUGCAAAGGUUAUUUAUAAUUAACUAAGUAUAUAUUAAUUUCAACUUAAUAGAUAAUAAGUUUAUUGUAAUUUUAGAUAGGUAUCUAAGUCCAAAUCCUAUAGAGCUUAGCUUAUAAUAAUUCGAAUCUCUUUAAAGAUUGAGAGAAAUUCCUAUAAAUUUAAUAGAGGAGGAAUAAGAAUCUCAUUUAAAUAAAUACAAUUAAGAUUUUGAGAUGUGUCAUUAUUGUAGAAGAAUGAUAGAUAAAAGUAAAUAAAAGUAAUGUACUUAUAAUCAUGUCUAUAUGAAUUUACAUUAAUACAAUGAUGAAUUACUGAACUAAUAAAGAUAUUGCAUAUCAAAUAAGGAUAUGUAAAAGUUUUAUUAAGACUUAUAUUCUGCAAAUUAUAUAAUAGAAAGUAUUUUAAUUUAAUGAAUAUUAGAUGAUUAAAUUUAAUGUUAAAAGUAUUUCUGUUAUAAAUGCUUAAAAAAUGAAUUUGAUGAAUAUGAUAUUUAUGAUAAAGAAUGGAUAUGUCCAUUAUGCAAAGUAUACAUAUAUAUUAAUUUAGGGCUUAUGUUUAUGUAUUAGAUGUUAGAGAAAUGACGUUAUUUAUAAAUUGAAACGAAAUUUAUUAGAGAUAAAUGGAAAUUUAGAUUUAUUAUAUGAUUAAUCUCUUUUUGAAAAAUUAGUUAGCCAUAAAAGGAAGUUAAUAUAAGAUAUUUCUCUAGAUUUUAUAAAUAUCUUAAAAAUAACUUCAGAAACAGAAGAAAUAUUAACAUCAAAAAUGAGUAAAAAAAAAAUUAAAUUAAAUAUCACUAAAUAAAUUAAAAAGAAAAAGAAUUCUGAUACAAUUUUAGUUCUACCAAAUUAUAUCAAUAAUAUUGAUAGUUCAUCUUAAUCAACGAAAAUAAAAAAAAAAAAUAAAUUUAGAAGAUUAAUUCCUAAUGAUACAAUAACUGAACUAUUAUAUGAAUAUAUUUCUUGA